CAAUCAGUGUUUCACUAAACAGAUUUCAGAAUUCCUGCGGCCCCCAUUUAACAGAGAGAUUUCGUCCCAAGGGCAAUAAAUUCAUGGUGGGACCAGCAAAUGAUGCCUAUUAAUUUAGCAGAAACUCAUCUCAUAAUAGGGGACUUCCCUCUAUAUUCGCUUGUAUGUUAAUCUUAUGCGAAACUUUACACAAAUUCUCUUAGUUAAUAAAACAUGUUUAAAAAUGUGACUGUCUUAUUCGUGAUGCAUCAUGUCUUGGGAUGAAAAAUGCUGUGCAUCUGCAGUGACUGAAGUGAAAUCGUAUCGAGCCACUUCCGUCUUCGCCGUAAAAAAUUGCUCGUCGCGAUAGAUCCCUCCAAGCGUCCGCGAACUAUCGGGAGCGAGGGUGCGCGAUUGCGAGCUGCCGGCCAAGUUCAAGUGCGGUCGGCCGUCAACGCCAGCGAACUUUCAAAGUCCGGCAUCAGGUACGGUUCGACGGUGGGGAACCAUACGAUGGUAGACCGGACCACUAUAUAAAGCGGCCGCGAUCAACACCGCACAUCAUCAGUUUCGCUUUGGACGAUCCAAACCAACCAAAUCUACUCAAGAAUGGCGUUCAAGUUCGUCGCUUUCGCCGCCCUCGUGGCUGCCGCCAACGCCGGCGUUCUCGCGCCCGCAGCCCCCUUGGCCUACGCCGCGGCUCCUUACGCCGCGGCUCCCGCCGCCCCCUUGGCCUACGCCGCGGCCCCCGCCGCCCCCUUGGCCUACGCCGCGGCCCCCGCCGCCCCCCUGGCUUAUGCCGCCCCCAUCGCCAAGGCCGUGGUGGCUAAGACCGUCGAUGCCGACUACGACCCGCAUCCCCAGUACAGCUACGCCUACGACGUGCACGACAGCCUGACCGGCGACGCCAAGAGCCAGCACGAGACCCGCGACGGCGACCUCGUUCAGGGUAGCUACUCUCUCUUGGAGGCCGACGGCACCAAGCGCACCGUCGACUACACCGCUGACCCAGUCAACGGAUUCAACGCCGUAGUCCGCAAGGAACCCGCCGCCGUCGCCGUCAAGGCCGUCGCCCCGGUCGCAAGCCUGGCUGCCCCCCUCACCUACGCCGCCCCCGUAGCUAAGAUCGCCGCUCCCUACGCCGCGCACGCCGCGCCCCUCGCGUACGCCGGCUACGCCGCGCACGCAGCCCCCAUCGCCAAGGUCGCCGCCGCCCCCGCCAUCUCCUACGCCGCCCCCGCUACCUACUACCACUAA